GUCCAGUUUUUUUUGCUGCUCAUGCUGCCAUCCUUUCGGCGCGUCGUAACACUUCAUCACCGACAGACACGAGCCACCCCGCAGCCGCCGACACGCGCAGCCCCUUGACACCAAGCACUGCGCGGCCGACUCCACCGUACCUCACCUCACCAACCACCAUGUCGCACACCCCAUCCAUCAUCCCCGACAUCCCGGGCGUGCAGCUGCAGGACCGCGACACGCGCCAGUUCCUCAACCAACACAUUGGCAACCUGUGCGGGCUGCGUGAUGGGCGCUUCCCCGGCUCGCAGCCCGUGUCGUUCACCACGCGCUCGGUCGAGCUGCUCGAGAAGAUGGACUUUUGGGUGUGCGAGAAGACGGACGGCGUGCGCGUGUUGCUAUUUAUCGUGUUCAACCAACAGAGUGGGAGCCAGGAGGUCUACUUGAUCGACCGCAAGCAGCGCUACUUUGCCAUGGAGGACCUCCACUUCGCCCACUGGGAGCGGGAGAACGACCCCCUCACCGACACGCUGCUCGACGGGGAGCUUGUUAUUGACAUCGACCCACGCACAGGGCAGCAUAUCCUCCGGUACUAUGCCUUUGACUGCCUUGUUAUCAACGGGGAGAAUAUCAUGAAGAAGCCGCUUGUGAAGCGGUUUGCACGCCUCCGUGACUGGGUCGUCAAGCCUAUGAACAAGUCAUUCCAGCGAUUCCCCGAAUGGAAGGAGCAGGCGCCGUUCGAAAUCGUCGACAAAAAGCAGGAACUGUCAUACUACACCUCCAGAGUCCUCGACGUCCACGUUCCCCAGCUGAUGCACGGCCACGACGGCCUGAUCUUCACUUGCGCAGAGUCUGAGUACCUUCCUGGUACCGACGAGCGCAUCCUCAAGUGGAAGCCGCCAUCCGAGAACUCGGUCGACUUCAAGCUCGAGCUGAGGUUCCCCCCUGCACCCAACAACCCUUCAGAACCAGACUUUUGCGCCAAGCCAGUCUUCAUCCUGAAUCAGUGGGCCGGCGGCGAAGAUUACGAGUUCUUUGAUGAGAUGGACGUCGGGGACGCAGAGUGGGAGCAGAUGAAGGAAUCUGGAGAAGAGUUUGACGGACGAGUCGUCGAGGUGACAUGGGACCAGGACCGCGGCUGGAAGAUGUUCCGCUUCCGCGACGACAAGCCGCACGGCAACCACAAGAGCACUGUCGGCAAGGUGCUCGUGAGCAUUGCCGACGGUGUUGAAAUCGCCGACGUGCUAGGACGCCAGGACGCGAUCCGUGCAGCGUGGAAGGAGCGCGAUGCGCGCCGCAACUCGCGUGCCCCACCAGAGCAGCAGCGGCAGCAGCAGCAGCGCCCUUCAGCGUCGGCACCAGUGCCACCACCCGGUGGCGGAGGCAGGCCAGCUGCUGGCCCGCCAGUUGUCGCUGGGCUGAGGCGAUAGAAGUAGAAGUGUAAUGAGCACGUGUUGUAUUAGGCCUGAGUAGCAG